UUGAUCGUUCAAAUCAAAUUUCAAAUUUAAAUAAAUUUAAAUGAUUUUGUAAACAAUAAUAACAUUUAUAAAUGUAAUUAUCGUUUGAAACAUACGUUCCUUUGGGAAAAUAUAAUCGCGUGAAGUGAUAACUUAUCUUUCAUCUGUUUCCUGUUGUAUUGUAAAUAAGUAUAGUUAUUCUGCUGAUUCUGAGUCAACAUUGUACUUCGUUAAUUUCAAGUUAGAAAUGAAGGGUGAUGUGAUUGACUCAUCUCAAUGUUUGAGGCCAAAAGCAAAAGUCAAGGAUACUUCGAAAAGCGGCUUUCUGAUUGCAUCGCCAUCAAAUUUGAAUUUUACUUUCAGUUCUAGAAAUUUGAAAGUUCGAGAAAAGACAUUAAAAAUCACAAACUAUUUCUCUAAAUCGUGCCCGAUUCAACCGUUACCAAUUAAAACUCCGUACUUCCGGUUCGGAAGUGCACCUCAAACAAGGUGGUUAACCCCUGGAUCAGUUCACGAGAUCAAUAUUCAGUUUAUUCCUGACGAACCGAGAAAUUAUAAUGACGUUUUAAAGAUUCGCUACUUCGACAAUCGUAUAUUAAUAGUUCAAAUUACCGGAAACGUUAGAACUGGUUUCUGUUUUCCAGCCAAUAUAAAUUUUGGAAAUGUUCCGCUCGGUAAAGCAGCUUGUUAUGAAAUUCCAAUAUGUUCUCAAUCAAAAGAACAAUUUUCAUUCACUAUUUUACCAUCGAAAGAAGAUCCUUGUGUCGACAUCUAUCCACGAUGGGGCCGUGUCAGACCAGAUCAGAAACCUCUAAUAGUAAUGGUGAUUUACAGACCUUUACGGUAUAUAAGCAUGGACUUCCAAAUUCGUAUAUUCAUUACGGAUUUAUGUAAAACUCCGUAUAUUAUAAAUUUCUCUGCUUAUACUCGACCAGGACUUUUACGGGAAGUGUUGGAAAAUAUUGAACCAGAAUCGAAAAACAGAAAGCAGCCAUUAAAAAUUGGCGCUAUAACUCGGAAAAAAGCAAAGGCCACUUCAAAAGAAAUAAUUAUUUCAAAACCAUGUACGGAACAGCCUAUUAUAGAAUACAAGAGUGUAGAGGAGACAUUAUUGAAAGAAUGUGGUUACUUUCCUUUGUAUGCACUGCACACUGUCAAUUGUAUGUUAAUUUCAAAAUCUCGAGCACCAUGCAACGAGUAUGAAUUAAAAGGACCGAUGAAUAUAUGCAUGUCAGAAGUCGUACGGCAAAAAGCUCAAAAGUUGAAAGAAUUUUGGACGAGAGCAAACAAUUAUCGCCGGGAGAACGAAAAAGUAAGAAUUGGUUGCAAAUCGAAAGUAAACAAUGGGGCACGAGAACUCAACGAACAAGAAAUUGCAGAGAUAAAAACUGCAAGGAAGAAAGGAUGGAAUGAUUACAAAUGUACAUUGGAAAAUUACGCUCCCGUGGAGGACGUAUUUGAACGACAAAAAAGUCGAAAAAUGAGACAGAGAAUUUUAAGAAUUGCUCAGAAAUACCCGAAAAUUAUUACGGCAGCGCCUAAAGUGGAGCAAUCGUUUUUACACCGUUACAACAUUAUGCCCUUUGUUCAGGCAGCCAGGAAGAUUAUUUUAAACAAUCGUUUGUUAAAGGUUCUUGAGAAAUUAAAGAAUUUAACACCGGAAUUAAUUAACGACUUUUAAAAUCUUACCAGAUGUUAAUAUCACAACCAAUUAUAAUAAUAAAAACUUGACUUAUUAAUUUAA